GCUUUUUACUUACAGCCACGACAGGAAGUACGUCAAGCUUUACGACACUUUACAGUUCUUUUUCCGCCGGCGUUCUGCAAAAUGUUGCGCUAAAUAUUUCUGGAUUGAAGGACUGUUGAACUUGCAAACAUCCAUCAAAAUCCAAGAUACGAUCGAGGUAAGAUCAUGGCCAAAUUCCACGCCCCCGUGAUCCAGGACAACCCCAGUGGUUGGGGUCCCUGUGCCGUGCCAGAGAAGUUCAAAGACAUGCCCUACCAGCCCUUCAGCAAGGGUGACCGUUUGGGCAAAGUGGCUGACUGGACUGGAGCCACUUACCAAGACAAGAGAUACACAAAUAAAUACUCCUCUCAAUUUGGCGGGGGCAAUCAGUAUGCCUACUUCCACGAAGAGGAUGAGACGAGCUUCCAGCUGGUCGACACUACCAAGACUCAGAAGACCGCCUACCAGAGGAACCGCAUGAGGUUUGCCCAGAGGAAUCUGCGCAGAGACAAGGACCGCAGGAACAUGACCCAGUUCAACCUGCAGACCCUGCCUAAGAGCGCCAAGCAGAAGGAGAGGGACCGCAUGCGUCUGCAGAAGAAGUUCCAGAAGCAGUUUGGCGUUCGUCAGAAAUGGGACCAGAAGUCACAGGCCCAGCUGAAGCCCCGGGACUCCUCAGUGGAGGUGCGCAGUGACUGGGAGGUGAAGGAGGAGAUGGACUUCCCCAGGCUGAUGAAGAUGAGAUACAUGGAGGUGGCCGACCCUCUGGACAUUGAGUGCUGUGGAGCUCUGGAGUACUAUGAUAAGGCCUUUGACCGGGUCACCACCCGAAACGAGAAGUCCCUGAAGAGCAUCAAGAGGAUCUUCCACACUGUCACCACCACUGACGAUCCCGUCAUCCGCAAGCUGGCAAAGACCCAGGGCAACGUGUUUGCCACCGAUGCCAUCUUGGCCACCCUGAUGUGCUGCACACGCUCAGUCAACUCCUGGGACAUCAUCGUGCAGAGAGUGGGCAACAAGCUCUUCUUCGACAAGAGGGACAACUCCGACUUCGACCUGCUGACCGUGAGCGAGACGGCCAACGAGCCGCCGCAGGACGAGGGGAACUCCUUCAACUCACCCCGCAACCUGGCCAUGGAGGCCACCUACAUCAACCACAACUUCUCCCAGCAGUGCCUGCGCAUGGGAGGAGAGAGGUACAAGUUCCCCAACCCCAACCCGUUUGUGGAGGAGGACAUGGAUAAAAGUGAGGUGGCAUCCGUGGCUUACCGGUACCGUCGGUGGAAGCUGGGAGAGGACAUCGACCUGAUCGUGCGCUGUGAGCACGACGGGGUCAUGACUGGGGCCAGCGGGGAAGUGUCCUUCAUCAACGUCAAGACGCUGAACGAGUGGGACUCCAGGCACUGUAACGGAGUGGACUGGAGGCAGAAGCUGGACUCUCAGAGAGGGGCUGUUCUGGCCACAGAGCUGAAGAAUAACAGCUACAAACUGGCCCGCUGGACCUGCUGCGCCAUGCUGGCUGGGUCAGAGUACCUCAAACUGGGGUACGUGUCCCGUUACCACGUGAAGGACUCCUCCCGUCACGUGAUCCUGGGCACACAGCAGUUCAAGCCCAACGAGUUCGCCAGCCAGAUCAACCUGAGCAUGGAGAACGCCUGGGGCAUCCUGCGCUGCGUCAUCGACAUCUGCCGCAAGCUGGAGGAGGGCAAGUACCUCAUCCUCAAGGACCCCAACAAGCAAGUCAUCCGCGUCUACAGCCUCCCUGACGGAACCUUCAGCUCCGACGAGGACGAAGACGAAGAGGAGGAGGAGGAAGAGGAGGAGGAUGAAGAUGAGGAGAACUAAGGCAUGGAGACGCCUCGUGUGACCAAAAGAGUGAGCUCGGCCUGGCUCGGCUCGGCUGAGCCCAGCGUGUCUGCAGGCUUCCCUUGCACACCAGUGAUGGGUUUAAAUAAAGAACACAGUGUUCCAA